AUGGCUAAAAAUGAACCCCUAAGGCUGGAGUUUAAUGCUACCAUUGACUACAGCAUGACAGUUGAGGAGUUUGAAACUAGGUGGGCAGAGAUGAUUUUGAAGCACAAUGUUGCAGACAACACACACUUGCAGGAUAUUUAUGACAUGAGAGCUUCUUUUGUCCCUGCAUACUUUAAGGACAGAUUCUUCCCAUUCCUACAAACUACAGCACGCAGCGAGGGUUUUAAUGCGGUGCUAAAAAGAUACGUCACUCCACACCACGACCUCUCCCAUUUCUUUGAACAAUACAUGAAGUCGCAGGAGAAAAUUGAUGUGGCGAAGAUUCAAAUGAAUUCAAGGAGGAAGACAAGAUCUUCAGAUUUUGGGGAGAGUGGCCUCUGGAAGAGCAUGCUUUCCAUGUUUCCAGUUGCUGGAUCUGUUUUUGGGUAUGGCAAAAGGACCUACAGAGUGGAAGCUAAUUCAGAGGAAGGCAUCUACAUUUGCGAGUGUUCUAAAAUAAACAGGGAUGGCUUAUUGUGCUGCCAUGCAUUGAGGGUAAUGGCGCAGUUAGGUGCUGUGAAUGAGAUUCCAGCGCACUACAUUUUGCCUAGGUGGACUGUGCCCCCCGAUGAUAUCAUCCCAGAAAAAGUGGAAUUGCCUCCUAUGCCAACUGACAGGAAGUUGUCGAACAAAGAAAGGAAACUACUAAGAUAUGGCACAUUAUGCAACAACUGGACUGAUUAUGCAAAAAUUGCAGCUGAAUCAGAGAAAGCUACAGCUUUAGCAGAAAAGUACAUGCGUGAGUUGGGUAAAGAAUUAGCCGCAAUGAAGAUUAGUGCUGCAGCCAAGAGGAAAGAUAAAAAACAACCAAGCAAAAAUGAUGGAGUGACACCCGAGACUGAAAUUGGUGGUGAUGGUGGUCAAGGUAGCAGUACCCAGUACGAGCAUGUGAGGGACCCUAUACUUACUACAACUAAAGGCCGUCCUGAAGAGAAGAGGAAAAAGUCAGGGCUGCAUUUGAAGGCUUCAAAACCGCAGAAAUGCAGAGGUUGUGGUUCUGCACAACACUCUACAUCAGAAUGCCCAUCAAAGAUCACUCCUGCUCCGCAACGUAAAGAGUUCGAUUUCUUCCGCGAUAUGGUUUAG